AUGUCUACUCUGUCCGAGACAAUUCGGCCCAUUCUGCGCACACCUUGCCUCCCGUCGUAUUCUUCUGCUGCAGUGAACCUGACUGAGCUGUCGCCGAGAACACGGUUUUCAAACUCGCCGCCGACCUACGAUGAUGCCACAGCGCGUUCAUUUUCCAAUGCUAGCAUCAGACCUCCUCCGAACACCCCGGAUUCUCGCUCCUCUGAAACCUCUCCAUCUCGAGCCGGCGAGCGCUUCACCCCCACAGUGCAAUUUCAGAUCGAGUCCUCGGGGAAGCAUUGGAUUUCUCUCCCAAGAGGAACAAGGCCAGAUCCCAUCCCGGUUUUCCGAGUCGAAGAGGGGCGCUGGAACUGCUCCACGCCAGCGUAUAGGUCCCUCCGCUUCUCUCGCAGCGACAACAGCUGCAUACUGGUACGAGGAGACGACGCGGCACAGAUGCCCAUUUGUACAACGCUCUACCGCUUCGGACCUGGGAAACCUCCAGUCUUUCGCUUGAAAAACGAGGAAUCGUCGCUGCAUGGCUCUGCAUCACUAGCAAAGAUAUGCGAGGAAGAUUCGGACUUGCAGAUACGCCCAAAAUCCUUGACCUCCCGCACCCAGAUCCUCAAAACCCCACACGGAACCUUUCGAUGGCGCUACGCUUCCCGCAAAGAGCGCGCCGCUGUCGACGGUGCGGACACGCUACUCAUCUGUGAGCUGAUUCAGCAGGCUGUUCCUGCGAAUGGGAUGAAGAUGCAGGAGAAGGCUUCGCGAGUCGCUCAACUGGUGCGCGGGGAGAAGACGAGAACGCCGGGGACCGGAAGGAGUACGGCCGGCAACGGGGGCCGGCUGAUGAUGGACUUGUUCAGGUGGACGGAUCUGAAGGAUGGGGGCAAGGAUACAGUAGAAUGCCUCUUCGUUGCAAGCUGUAUUUGCAUGCUGAAGAAGGAGGUCGACAGGAGAAGAAUGCAUCAGCUGAUGGCGGUUGGAGCUGGUGUUGCCAUUAUAGCCUGA